UUGGAGUGAAUCCUUUCUGUUUGUAUUUUAAAUUCGUGUAGAGAAUUAUAAAUUAUUUGCUAUUUUCAUUUUUGAUUUUUGUGGUGUUAGGUUUGAGGUUUGCGUUUUCUAUUGUUUGGGGGACAUUCUCUUAUUUUGGUCACUUCGCAGUUUCUUGAUGGUUGUGAAUUAUUGUGCGUGCCAGGAAUGAAAUUGGGGUUCUAGUUUGUUCUUUUUGGUUCCUUUGUUAUGUUUUUGAAUUUGAUUUGGGGCUUUAGGGCUUUUGAUUAUGUGAAUUUAUAGUAUAGGAUUUUAUUUUAUCAUUAUGAUAUUGAUCUUUUGAUGGCUUUGGGUUCUGAUUGAUUUUAGAUGGAAAAGUGAAUACUCAUAGCUCUGAUGAGAAAAUAAAGCGAGAGAAUUUAGACAUCUUUCUAUUUUUAACUGUUACCUUACUUUUUCUUCGAAGCGAAUUCCUCUCUUAAGAGCACGUAAAGCGGCUAGAAAAAGGAUUUGGUUUGUGAUUUUUCUUUCUGAAAAAGGGUGUUGGUCAAUUUCGGGCAUGCUCUAAAAUUCAUGCCAGAUUUAAAACAGCAAUUGUCCAGUGUUCAGAAGGAAGAACAAUUCUGGAUGCAUUUGGUUGAACCGGAGUUAUUGGGUUGGGUAAAAGGUUUUGGAAUAAAGCUUGGAUACUAUCAGGGGUUCACACGUAAUCUGUCUGUUACGUAGAGUACAAGAGCUAUUUUAGACUAUUUUAAAUACCAGUAGGCUUGGCUGUGGAGAGCUACACAGAUUGCAGUCUCCAAGGGGGGAUGACCUCCAUGACACCUUCGCGGGUGACAGGAGGGUUAACCCAAUCAUCUUCACAUUCUGGAAUUUUCUUUCAAGGAGAUGGGCAGUCACAGAGUUUAGUUAACACUCACUUAAGUUCAUCUAUUGUUAACUCAUCUAGCACAGUUACGGGAACCCGUCGAACAAACCUGGGUCCGGUUUCUGGUGAUAUGAAUAAUGUAGGUUUGAACAGUGUGGCAAACUCAGCACCAAGUGUUGGAGCUAGUUCUUUAGUCACUGAUGCAAAUUCUGCUCUCUCUGGUGGCCCCCAUUUGCAGCGAAGUGCCAGUGUUAAUACGGACUCAUACUUACGAUUACCUGCCUCACCCAUGUCAUUUACGUCAAACAAUAUUAGUAUUUCGGGCUCAUCAGUGAUCGAUGGUUCCUCUGUAGUACAGCAGAGCUCUCAUCCAGAUCAUAAUGUUCAACAAUUGCAGCAGAAUCAGCAGCAGCUGCAGGGCACUGCAAGUGCUACAUCGUUGCCUGCGUCUCAAACUGGUCCGACUUCCGUUCAUAUGGGUGCGCAUGUCCCUGGAUCUUUCAUUCAUGAUCCAAAUAAUGCAUCUCAGCUGUCCAAAAGAUCUAGGUUGGAUAUCAAGCAGGAAGAUAUAAUGCAGCAGCAGCAGCAGAAGCAGGUCAUGCAACAGAUUCUUCAAAGACAAGAUUCCAUGCAAUUGCAGGGUCGUAGUCCGCAGUUACAGGCUUUAUUUCAACAACAGCAGAGACUUAGACAACAACAAAUCUUUCAGUCAAUGCCCCAAUUACAGCGAGUGCACUUGCAGCAACAACAGCAACAACAACUUCAACAACAACAAAUGCAAUAUAGGCAGCAAUUACAGCAACAAGUGAUGCAGCCCUCUUCUUCUGUCAAGCGCCCAUGUGACAAUGGUGUCAGUGGGGUUUGUGCUCGUCGACUGAUGCAAUAUCUCUAUCAUCAAAGGCAACGGCCAAAUGAUAAUAGUAUUGCUUAUUGGAGAAAAUUUGUGGCUGAAUAUUACUCUCCUCGUGCAAGGAAACGUUGGUGUUUGUCGUUGUAUAACAAUGUUGGCCAUCAUGCACUUGGUGUUUUCCCCCAAGCAGCUACGGAUGCAUGGCAAUGUGACAUAUGUGGUUGUAAAUCUGGAAGGGGAUUUGAGGCAACUUAUGAAGUAUUACCUAGACUUAAUGAAAUCAAAUUUGCUGGCGGUGUCAUUGAUGAACUGUUGUUUCUGGACUUGCCACGUGAAAUAAGAUUUUCUUCUGGUGCAAUGAUGUUAGAAUAUGCAAAAGCAGUUCAAGAGAGUGUAUAUGAGCAGCUUCGAGUUGUGCGUGAAGGUCAACUACGCAUCAUAUUCAGUCAAGAUUUGAAGAUAUUAUCUUGGGAGUUCUGUGCAAGGCGGCAUGAAGAACUUCUUCCUCGAAGGUUGGUUGCACCACAGGUCAACCAGUUAGUACAUGUAGCUCAAAAGUGCCAGAGUACAAUUGCUGAAAGUGGGGCAGAUGGGGUUUCUCAACAAGAUUUGCAAACAAAAAGCAACGUGGUGUUGACAACAGGGCGCCAGCUUGCAAAGAUGUUGGAGUUGCAAUCGCUUAAUGACUUGGGUUUUUCUAAAAGAUAUGUGAGAUGUUUGCAGAUUGCGGAGGUUGUCAACAGCAUGAAAGACCUAAUAGAUAUCUGUGGCGAGCAAAACGUUGGGGCAAUAGAGAGUUUGAAAAGUUAUCCUCUACUAACAAAUGCCUCAAAGCUCCAGAUGCAAAAGAUGCAGGAAAUGGAGCAGCUGGCAAAUGUUCAUGGUCUGCCAACUGAUAGAAACACGCUCAAUAAGCUGAUGGCAAUGAAUCCUGGAUUGAACAACCAGAUAAACAACGGUCAAAAUGUGGUUAAUCGUAGUGCUUUGAGUGGGUCAGCCCAUUCAGCACUUACAACCAACUACCAAAAUCUUCUCAUAAGGCAAAAUUCAAUGAAUUCUAGCCCUGGCUCCCUUCAGCGCGAAGGAUCCUCAUUCAAUAAUUCUAACCCAAGUUCCUCUUCUGCUUUGCAAGGAGCUGGUCCUUCUUUAGUUCCAGGCCCAAUGCAAAACUCGCCUGUAGGUGGCUUCCCAGGUUCCCAUCAAACCCUGCAGCCGCUGCCGCAACUCCUCCAACAGCGCACAUUAAGCGCAAAUGGUUUACUGCAACAAAAUCAUUCACCGGGGUCCCAAGGAAAUCAAGCUCUACAGCAGCAGCAGAUGAUCCACCAACUAGUGAAGGAAGUGUCAAAUAACAAUGGGGGAAUGCAAUCACAGCCUCUUGGUGGACCCAAUGCAAAUGGGAAUAUGGCAAAGAAUGCAUUGGGUUUUGGGGGCAAUACUCCAUCCGUAAGCGGAGGUUCUGCCAAUGUUCCACGAAACAAUGGACCCAUUUCGAGGAAUAAUAGCUUCAAAACAGCUUCAAACAGUGAUUCUUCUGCCGCUGCUGGCAACAGUGGAUUCAACCCAAGAACAUCUGAUAUGCCGCAAAGUCUACAUUUGCAAGAUGUGGUUCAGGACAUUGGCCAUGAGUUCGCGGAUAACCCCUUCUUUAACAGUGAUCUUGAUGAUGAAAUGGGUUUUGGCUGGAAGGCAUGACUAACACAACUGGGUCAUGUAAUUGGCAUGUCUUUUGUUGAAGUGUUUUAGUUUUGUACAGGAUACUUUUAAUAGAUGCUGUUUUCUCUCUUGAUUUUCCUGUCAUUUUCUUUUCAUUGAUUUCGAUUGGACUUGGAAUCCGUUAGGUGUUUUAGGGUUUUAUUUGACAUCUUUGUCCUGCAAGUGUAUUGGACUAUUGAAAAGAGCAGUAAGCUUUUUAUACGGCA